UGCGUUGCGGUUCAGCGGAAUUGCUUGCAAUGGAAGUAGGCUCAGCAAUGUUUGUCAAUUUUGUAAUUAAUUUUGGGGUUAACUUAUAAUCGAAUAAUGCUAACAGCAACGAUUUAAAAACAAAUUGAUUUAUUAUUAGUACCGUAAAAAUUAUAUUAUACAGAUUUUUUUACUUGCUUCCGAAUAUGGCGGAUGACGAGGAUUCUAAAAAGGCAAUAGAUAUUACUUCCCCUAAGUUUGACCCAUUUACAGCCCUAUAUAGUCGCAAUGUUCACUUACCUAGCCCAAAUGCACCGAUUCUGGACAAUAUAUCAAAGUUUCAAGAAACUAAAGAAGGAAUAUCAUUUACAACGUUUUAUAGAAAUAAGGUCCAGCAAAGUGAUAAAAGCCAAGCCUCAACCUCGACCUCAAAACCAAGGUUUCAACCUCAUCAAGAGCCAGUACCUGGUAAACCAAGGAAACCGGCCAGAACUGUGCUGACGCGGAUGAAACAUGUCAGAGGUCCACUCUCGUUGCUGCAGAAGUUUAUGGACGAUAGAAUAAGAGUCAAGGUGUAUAAUCGAAACAUGAUCGGAAUCCGAGGCUAUUGCUUAGGCUAUCUUGUAGCCUUUGACAAACACUUCAACAUGGCUCUUGAAGACGUCACCGAGAUCUGGACCCGCAAGAAACACCAAAAGACUCCAGCUUUAGGUCCAGGAGACGACGUGGAAGUGCCUACUAUCAAGGUUGUAAUACGCAGUUCGACACCAAAGACUGAAGAAUGCGAAAGACAUAUUCCACAGCUGUUCAUGCGAGGAGAACACGUUGUCUGUGUUAUGGCACAAGACAAAUGAAGAACCGAGAAUGGAAGAGUGCUUUCGUGAAGAAUUGAAGACGAAUCUGACUAAUUUGUAGGCAAAGAAUAGAUGAAUCAAGGCUGGAGGAUGAAAAAAGAAUAUUUUACUUUUUAUACCCCUGUGAUUGUCAUGUACUGUAUAUUUCAAUUAUGUAAAUUACAAAUAUACAUUUAUACUUUGUUUAACGUU